AUGUAUAGCAAGACGACAAAUGUUCAGAUCGACUUCAGCGAUGUCCCAUUAUCUGACUCAGAGAGUCUCUGUCUUACGGUUUUGGUAAUUUAUGAAGAGAUCAGAUACAUAUUUGGAAUGGUCACAUUCCUGGGUCCCCCUGGCGCUGAUUGGUGGACUGACGCCGUCUGCUCCACAUACCUGGAGAGCAGGAAUUUUGUCAGACCCUUAGACCACCAGACCUUCAUACACUCAGACAAGUCGUUUGGACCUUCAGACCACCAGACCUUCAGACCACCAGACCUUCAGACCACCAGACCACCAAACCUUCAGACCUUCAGACCUUCAGACCUUCAGACCACCAGACCACCAAACCUUCAGACCACCAGAACUUCAGACCACCAGACCACCAAACCUUCAGACCACCAGACCACCAGACUUUCAGACCACCAGACCUUCAGACCACCAAACCUUCAGACCACCAAACCUUCAGACCACCAGACCUUCAGACCACCAGACCUUCAGACCUUCAGACCACCAGACCUUCAGACCUUCAGAUCACCAGACCACCAAACCUUCAGACCACCAGACCUUCAGACCACCAGACCUUCAGACCACCAGACCUUCAGACCACCAGACCACCAGACCUUCAGACCACCAGACCUUCAGACCACCAAAUCUUCAGACCUUCAGACCACCAGAUCUUCAGACCUUCAGACCACCAAACCUUCAGACCACCAAACCUUCAGACCACCAAACCUUCAGACCACCAAACCUUCAGACCACCAGACCUUCAGACCACCAGACCUUCAGACCUUCAGACCACCAGACCUUCAGACCUUCAGAUCACCAGACCACCAAACCUUCAGACCACCAGACCUUCAGACCACCAAACCUUCAGACCACCAGACCACCAGACCUUCAGACCACCAGACCUUCAGACCACCAAACCUUCAGACCUUCAGACCACCAGACCUUCAGACCUUCAGACCACCAGACCUUCAGAUCUUCAUAUCUUCAGACCACCAGAUCUUCAGACCUUCAGACCUUCAGUCUUUUAUUAGAAACGUUGUAUAA